UACCACAACCUCAUCUUAGAUAUUAGUGGAGUCUCUCAUCAUCAUUCUUGACAAAUAUAGCCUCUCAAUUCAAGUCCCUCAAAAUCAUUUUAAGCACUAUAUAAUAAAGUCUUAUAUACUAAAAACUUUGGAAAGAUUGAGAGAACCAAAGAUGGUGAGAGCUCCAUGCUGUGAGAAGAUGGGAUUGAAGAGAGGUCCAUGGACUCCUCAAGAAGAUCACAUACUCAUUAAUUAUAUCAAUCUCUAUGGUCAUAGCAAUUGGCGUGCUCUUCCCAAACAAGCCGGUUUAUUGAGGUGUGGGAAGAGUUGCAGGCUCCGAUGGGCGAACUACUUGAAGCCAGACAUUAAACGAGGAAACUUCAGUGAAGAAGAAGAGGAGACCAUCAUAAAAUUGCAUGAAAAGUUGGGAAACAGAUGGUCAGCCAUCGCAGCAAGAUUACCGGGACGAACCGACAACGAAAUAAAAAAUGUGUGGCAUACCCACUUGAAAAAGAGACUCAAACAAAAGCAGCCCACCCAGCUGGAGCAGGAAAUCAAACCACCACACUCCAUCAAAAUCCAGAAAAAUGAUCAAGUCACAGAGAAAGAACCAGAAGAAGCCACCAUGACUUAUCCAAAUGCAGUCGUGAGGCUUCAAAGCCCGGAACAUUCAGCCAGUGACAUCUCUUCCAUCACCACCACCAGCACUGACAACACCACAACCACCAACACCACUUCUAUGGACGAUGAUGCAUUUGACAACUUCCCCGUGGUGGACGAGAAUUUUUGGUCAGACGUGUUCUCGGUUGACAAUUCCGGCGAGAUGGAUGAUUUUCCGGUAGCUGGAGCUGACCCAGAUGCUCAAUUUCAAUUAUCACCUCGUCUUCAUGCAAUGGAACAUAUUUGUGGUGGCAACAAUUCAAGCAUGCAUGAUGGCAUGGACUUUUGGUUCAACCUCUUUACAAAAGCUGGGGGAUUACCAGAAUUGCCAGAAUUUUAGCAGAGUUUCAAUUGUAUUUUUCUUUUUUCUUUUUUCUUUUUUUAGAUUUUAAUUUUUUGGCGUCUAGCUUUUGACCGUUAAAUAUUGUGAAAGUAAGUGAAAGCUGGCUUCAAUAUCUUUGAUUGAUUAUUCAUGAACCAAACAAAAAAGUUGUCUGUCUGUUACAGCAUUUUCCAUACAAAAUAAUAAACGAGGAACAUCAUGGCAAUGACUUGUGAAAGCA